UCAGUCUACGGCCAUGGACAAUGUUCAGCAUUGCGUGCUGACUAGGACCUAUGGUCUUUUCCAGUGGCAGCAGAUCAAAAUUCUCCUGGGCCACUUCAGCUACGUCAAUGGCUGCGACAGGAAACGACCCUGGGUUGCCGUCAUCAGAAGACAAUACCAAGGAUGAGGAGAUGCUUAAGCAGUAUCGAUUCGCUCCCGCUCAUAACGAUCCAUAUUCUCUUCCGCGCAGGUCAAAUGAUCGCGAAGCACAUCGGAGGGAACUCGAGGAGAAGAUAGCUCAGAUACACGCAGUUCUGGGAAGGUUACCUGAGAAGGGGGAGGCUGGCAAGCACUGAGAUGGUUGUGCGACAUGAUCGACGGGGGAAAGUCGGGAUGCUUCUGAAUGACCUUAGACAUGGCUUGAGGCUGGUUCUCGAAGCUACGUAUCUCAAAGUAUAUACUUGAUUCGUUUGCUCCUCUGCUGAGGUUCUGGGAGAUUGAAUGAGUUGGCUGUGGGGUGGGAAA